AUGGAACUACUGAAAAAGGCAGUGGGCCCAAUCUUCCAUAGAAGUCUCUUCUACGGCAUUUUCGAUCACACUCACUUCAUGGCUCGUAAAGCGAACACGUCGAAGUUUGGGAUAAAUGAAAAUCGCAGGGCGGGGGCGCCGAGCGGGCCGCCGGUGGUGCGGUGCCAACUCCGCAAGCACAAGCCCAACCGCAAGCCGCGCACCCCCUUCACAACCCAGCAGCUGCUGGCCCUGGAGAAGAAGUUCCGGGACAAGCAGUACCUGAGCAUCGCCGAGAGGGCCGAAUUCUCCUCCUCGCUGCGACUCACUGAGACACAGGUGAAAAUUUGGUUCCAAAACAGACGAGCGAAAGCGAAACGCCUGCAAGAGGCCGAAAUAGAGAAGCUUCGGCUGUCAGCCCGACCGCUGCUCCCGCCAUCUUUCGCGCUCUUCGGUGGGGGGGGUGCCCCGCCAUUGUUCGCGGCAAUGGCCGCCGCGACCAGGCCACAACUGAGCUUCCUUGGAGGGCCACCGACCCACCAACACGCAAUCAACAUGAACAUCCUCAAUUCCCUUCAACCGCAU